GUGGACGCACUCCAUCUCGAACAAGUUAGACUCUGCAACUGCUGAGUUAACUCGUCUUCCAACUCGUUCAGCCAUCAAAAUCUUUUCCAACACCACCAUCUCCUCCUCCUCUAGGUUUACCCGUAUCACCAGAUUUGUAAUAUGCUGAUUUUGAGGUAUUUGUCCAGCUGUGCCUCCACCUCAACAUCCAUCUCAGCAAAAAAGAAGGCCACGUCAGACACAGAGGAAGGGCUGAUGAGCAAAUUGUUAAAUGUUAACGGAAGAGUUAAGAGAGGGGCUGAUUUGCCACUGCAAACUUGCUGCCUCCGACUGCCUGUCUUCCCUUUGCCUUGCUAUUCACAUUUCUUCUUCCCUUCAAUGUCAGACAACAACCCCAGGGAGCCCAACAUCAACACCCUUACCCCCGACCUCACGGAGUUCAUCCUCUCUUUCCUCCCAAUUCCCUCCCUCAUCCGCGCCUCAUCCGUCUGCAAGCUUUGGUAUUCCCUCAUUUCCUCCCCCUUCUUUUCCACCUUCUCUCUCUCCCACCCUUGGUUCUUCCUCAUCGGCCUGCACAACACCUCCUCUAAGAACAACCAGGCCUUCGCUUUCGAUCCCAUCUCCAAUUCCUGGUUCCGCCUCCCCCACUUUUAUGAUUCUGAUUCUUCCUUCCUCGGUUCUAAUGGGUUCUUCUUCACUACCACCCCCAAAUUCAGCUAUACCCCUGUCCUCAAAACCUCCUGGCGUUUCACCUCUCCCUUGAAUUACUCUAGAAUCAAUCCCCUUUUGGGGGUCUUCCAAGAUGGAAGCUCUGGUGGGUUCGGUUUCAAAUUCAUCGUCGCCGGUGGGGUCAGGUUUAUUGGUGGAUUGGUUGAUAUCGAGGACAGGUUAGCCGUGGAGAUAUAUGAUCCCAAUCUCGAUUUCUGGAAGCUCUGCCCUCCCCUACCGGCGGAUUUCCAGUCAGGGAACUCCAGUCAGUCUCUAACAUCGGCCUUGUUCAAAGGGAGGUUCUACGUGUUUGAAAUCUAUUCGUGCUUCAUCUCAUCUUUCGAUUUGCAAAAACAUGUUUGGAGCGAGGUGCAGACCUUGAGGCCUCCUGGGGUUACCUUUUCUUUCUUGAUUGCGUGCAAAGACAUGCUUGUUUUGGCCGGAAUGUGCACCACCCCCUAUGGGCCAUCCUUUAAUCUCUGGAAGAUCGAUGAGGAAGCCAUGGAAUUCAUUGAGAUUGCGAUUAUGCCCCACAAUUUGCUAUAUAGUUUGGUGGAUAAUGAGGAGGAAGAUAAAUUUGUGAGCCUGAAAUGCGUGGGAUUGGGCAAUCUGAUUUAUGUGUUCAAUGAGGAGUAUCACAACAAAUACCCAGCUUGCGUUUGUGAGAUCAAUGGUGAGAAUGGAAUGAGCAGCUGGAGGAGAAUACCCUCGUUGCCUUCCCCGGUUAACAAGUUCCACAAGGUCAUUAGCUUUUGUUCAACAGUUUCCCUCAGUAGCAUACUUCACCGUGAGAAGGACGAUGUUGGAACAGUUCAAGACAUAUAUGACUGAUUGAUUCGCCAAAUAUUCGGUAGGAAUGUUAUGAAUUCUACAUUCUCUUUUCUUUCCUUAUGCUAGAAUAAUUUUGUUGGAACCUCGCAUCAUUGGCUUCAUCGUCAUCAUUGUAAAUUUACCAUUUGCGUAUAUGUUCACCUAUGCCCUGUUGUUUGUGUUAAUGGAUUCUAUGAACAUGCACUUUAUAACUCAUCUAUGGAAUGCCUUCUAGUAAAGAUUGUUAUGGGUU